AUGAUCAAACGUUUGGUGGAAGAUGUGCGAGCCAGGCUGCGUUCUGGAGUGACUAUCAACUCUCUGGGGCAGUGUGUUGAGGAGCUCAUCCUCAAUAGCAUCGAUGCCAAAGCAACAUGUGUAGCUAUCAGGGUGGAUUUGGAAGCUUUUAAGAUCCAGGUGGUGGACAACGGCUCUGGGAUGGGGAGAGAGGACUUAAAUGCAAUGGGAAAGCGGUACUUCACCAGCAAGUGCAGCUCGGUGGGAGACUUGGAGAACCUGACGUUCUACGGCUUUAGAGGGGAGGCUGUGGCAAGCAUAGCCAACAUGGCCAGUGUGGUGGAAGUUUCAUCUAAGACCAGCAGGACAGCAAAAACAUUUGUGAAACUAUUUCACAAUGGGCAAGCACUGGAAGUCUGUGAAGCUGAAUUGAGCAGACCAAGUGGUGGAACUACAGUCACCGUGUGUAAUCUGUUCCAUCAAUUACCGGUGAGGAGAAAGUGUAUGGAUCCUGUGCUGGAAUUUGAGAGGGUGAGACAGAAAGUAGAGGCUAUUUCACUGAUGCAUCCCUCUGUUUCACUUUCUUUAAGGAAUGACAUUUCAUGUUCUAUGGUGCUUCAGCUCCCUAAGACAAGAGAUGUGUACUCUCGGUUUUGUCAAAUUUAUGGACUGGGCAGAUCGCAAAAGUUACGAGAAAUAAAUCAUAAGUCUGGGGGAUUUGAGCUGAGCGGUUAUAUCAGUACUGAAGGACAUUACAACAAGAAUAUGCAGUUCUUGUAUGUGAAUAGAAGGCUUGUUUUAAAGACAAGACUACAUAAACUAAUUGAUUUUUUAUUAAGAAAAGAAAGUGCCAUUUGCAAGGCAAAAAGUGGUGCUGCGAGCAGACAGGCUGGUUCAAGUCCUGGUCGCCAUCGUUGUGGCCCAGAGUUGUACGGGAUCUUUAUUCUCAAUGUGGCCUGUGCGUACAGUGACUAUGAAGUGUGUCUGGAACCUGCAAAAACUCUAGUUGAGUUCCAGAACUGGGAUGUUCUUCUAACUUGCAUAGAGGAAGGAGUGAAAAUGUUUUUGAAACGGGAACAUUUAUUUAUUGAACCGUGCAAUGAGGACAUCAGAGAAUUUAAUGAAGAUAAUGACUUUUUUUUGUAUAACGCUCCGGUUCUGAAGCCUGCAAUCUCUGAUGAGAAGAGCGUACAAGACAGUUUUAAGAAAGUAUGUGAUGAAAUUGCGGAUUCCUAUGUAGUGUGUAACCUGCAAUCAAAAGAUGUCAAAAGGAAAUCCGUGACUGGGAAAAAAUCUUCAGGUCUUACAGAGUCAAAUAAAAACCUCCAGGAAAUGGAAAUCGCCCCAAAGCAGAAGAUUGCUGAACCAUCUGAUCCAUGUAGAAACAAUAAAGCGGAGAUUCCACUGCCCAGCAAAAAUGACACAGCUCCUCAUUUCAUGAUAUCAAAUAUCUCAGAGCAGGAGCCAAAAGAUGCUAACAGUUCCCAAAAAGUGUCUGAUACUAAUCUGAAACCUUCAGAAAAUCUUCAUUCCUCCUUCAGUGGAGGGGGCAGAUCAGAAAUAAGAAAAAUAGAGGGUUGUGGUGACCUGCAGCAUUGUGCAGAGAAUUACAUAAAAGAUGUGGGAAGCCAACAAGGCAAAGUAGUGCAGAAAAGCAAGAGGAUCCAUAUCUUAAAUAAUGAUGUUACUCAAUUGCUGUCUGAGAGAGAAGACCCUACUGAAGCAGCAAUGGAACCUGAAACUGUCUCUGGAAGUUCGUUGAUGAGACAGUGUAAUGCAAGAAGAGGAGACAAGGAAACAGCUGAAGUGAUAGAUGAUGCUGGAAGAGGGGCUGUUAGUUCAGUACCACUAAAAUUGUACUCCACAGGCCUCCGAACACGUGUUACGCAAAGGGAGCCCCCACGUGAAUGUGAACAAACAGAAGCAAAUCUUGCAUUAAACGUGCAGCGUGGACCUGGCCCCAUCCAUGCCAAGAAUGUUUUUGGCCACAAAGUGAGUUUUUCAGUUCAGUCUUCAAAUGCUAAGGAUAUUUCCAGUAAUACAAGUAAAGACUAUAUGCCUCCUUACACCAGAGAAGGAUGCGUGGCUGGUGGUAGUGAGUGGUUAGAGAACAAAACUUUGUCAAAUCAGGAGAGUGAGGAGAUAGCUAUGCCCAUUGCCACCAGUAAAAGACAUUCUGAGACAUCGAAUGUUACAGAAUUGCCGCUGGCAACUUCUUCAGGUAUUCCUCACAAUAAAGUUAUAAAAAGCGCUAGAAGACAAAUAGCUGUGCCAAGAUCUCAGCCCUCUAAGAAGCUGAGCUUGUGCACGCAGCUGGGUUCGUUGGAAAAGUUCAGGAGAUACUAUGGGAAAGUCGAGUGUGUGCUACCAACACCAUCGUCAGAGCGGAGCGAAUUUGGUCUCCGGGGUUUUAAUUCACGAGCUAAUUGUGGCUUUUCAAAGAAUGAGAAUGACAAUCGUGGUGACUUGAGCACUUGUGAAACUCCGACUGUGGAAGAUACGGGUUCUAAUAAUAUUAGCCAAGGUUUUGGCUCAUUGGAAAAGACUUUAUUCUGCAGUGGAGAAACUUCACAGGACAAGCGAGCUCUUUGUCGGAGUCCUUUCACGUUGUCUGAUUACUCUCAGGUUAGUGAAAAAAAUACAAGUUCUAAAAGGUCUCCAGGAUCAUUAUCAUCCAAACUGUCCAGAAUGAAAAGUGACCGCAAAGAAGCAGAACAGCUUGGUGAACAAUUCCAAACAGAUUCAAGUAGAAAAGAUGACUACUCUUUUGAUCUUGAAUCUUCAAAUAAUGUUUUUUUGUAUAAUGCAUGUGAAACACAUAAACCCUCAGUGGAAAAAAAGAGGGAAUGUAAUUGCAGCAUUUCUAAGAGGGAUGCAUGCCAGCAAUCAGACAGUAUGAGAGCAGAGUCCCUGAAAAGUGCUGUCAGCCCAUCAUCACUCAGCAGCGUAGAAGGAGAAUACACAGUCUGUUCAAGCAGUGUUUUGUCAUUACCUGCUAAAAAGGAUUGUACUAACAGCCUCUGUAAAGACAAAAGUUCGUUAGAUGAGUCCUCGGAACAAAAUUUGAAAGAUACUGAGGUUCCCCCUAUGAUCUUCCCAAGUAACUGGGAAUUCACUGCAGACAACACAGGCACAGGCGAUCCCAGGAAUGAUUUGUAUUGUUCUGACUGGUUGCAAGAUUUUGAUGUUUCGUCGGGUAAGACAAUAUACAUCAAUAGAACAACUGGACUGAGCACCUACGGCACUCCUCCUGCCGAAGGAUUUCAAGCUGCCUGCAUUCAAGAUCUAACAACGAUGGCUGUGAAUGUUGUGUCAGAGAGUG